AUGCAAAACAUCGAAUGCCUUGGAACCAUAUGCGAUGCCAAGCCCAAUGGGCUUUCCUCCGAAGCGCACCAGGACACCCCAUCAGCUAGCCAACCCAAUCCAAGCGUUCUGAAUGCUACCCCUCCACCUGCUGAUGGCAACUCCCACAUAUCAACGCCUUCUUUGGCUGCACCUCCACUUGCUCAAGAUACCAAUAACCUUUCAGCGAUGACCCCACCCACCAAAACUUCCAACAUCCUGUCCAAUCCGGAACAUUUGGGCUCCUCAACUAACACCACAAUUCCCACUGGUCAGGAGGUGGCUAGCAAUAUUUCUGGAGCGAACUCAAAGGCUGCGGAGGUCAACCCCAAUCAGGCCGCACAACCGACUUGUGAAGGAGCCGACUCCAAUCAGUCCGCACCCAACUUAACACGGCCUGAGGACUCUAGUGCUCCCGGGGCUCCGGCGACAACCAGCCCCAUGGUAACUGUUCUCCCUCGCUCCACAGACACGAGGCCGACGACGGGCUCUAUUACCAAACCACCCUUGUACGUACCAACAGGCUCAACCCAAGACCAGUCCAUUAGUUUCCCAGUAGACAUGACAAACAAGGACAUUGCACAGGAGGCCAUGCUACCUGUUAAGAAUCUCACACAGUCCACAACAGGACAUGAAGAUGCUGCAGAGAGCGCCGGAAUCUGA